AUGCAUCUUAUGGCACUCGCCUUAGCGGUUCUACCUUUUCUUCAACCUUCCAUCGCAUCCAACAUCCCGCAAUAUGUAUACAAAUACGCUCCACUAGUAUGGCUUUACAGCACAGACCCAUACCGACCAAGCGAUCUACAAGCACAACUUGAUAAUACCACGCCAGAGGUCAACUGGACAUCUGUCGCAGAUGCACCAUCCCCACUAACGCUAAAUAACCUCGACCAACUCAAUGCCCUAGGCAACACAAGUGUCUAUCUCACAACCUCCGGAGGUAUCGCCCAGACACCCCAACCAUCCUGGUGGGAUGGCAUCUCGCCCGACAGCGACGGACGCAUCGGGAACGGAACCGGAUGUGCCAUCAUAGUCGUAGACCAUGGAAGCGGUGAAGUAGAUGCAUUCUAUUUUUACUUUUACGCAUACAACAGAGGCGAUAUAGUGCUAGGUCUAGAGAUCGGUGACCACAUCGGUGAUUGGGAACACAAUAUGAUCCGGUUCAUCAACGGCACACCACAAGCAGUAUGGUUCAGCCAACACUCCAGCGGGCAAGCAUUCAGCUACAAAGCGCUCGAAAAGCAAGGGUUACGACCCUACACAUUCUCUGCAAAUGGAACACACGCCAACUACGCAAUUGUAGGAAGACACGACCACACCAUCCCCAGCGUGAAUCUGCCCAUCGGAUUCUUACUAGACUACACCGAUAAAGGCAUCCUCUGGGACCCAACACUAAAUGCCUACGCAUACACCUACGACCCCGCAACAGCAACCUUCGCAUCAGACAGCGCGGUCUCAUAUCCAGUCCCAUGGCUAGAGUUCAAUGGGCGAUGGGGAGAUGCCCAGCCAGUGGGCGAGCCCACAAUUUUCGGAGAAGGGAAGUACGUAGCUGGACCGAAUGGGCCAAAAUUCAAGAUAUUGAAUCGGAAGACGGUCUGUCCGUCGACACCGUGUAUUGUGUUGCCGUUUCGAACUUGGGCAGUGGAGAAUGGGUUGGUGACACAGCCAGAGUAA